UUUUACUUUAUUGAAUAUUCACCGUACGAUCAAAAUACCCAAUAAAAGACAAACGUCACCCGGAAAACGUUUAAGAGAUAUUGUCUUCUUCUGGUAGCUUGGUUGUAACCGUCACUCUAUAAAAAGCAGACACUCUCCUCUGUUUCCUCCGUCUCUCACCUUAACACGCUGCUUGGAAACAUGUGUGGUGGUGCUAUUAUCUCCGAUUUCGUUGCCGUGAAACGCAGCCGGAGAUUGAAUGCCGAGGAUCUCUGGUCUGAUCUUGACACCUUGUCUAACUUUCUUGGCUUGGACUACCCUAAUAAUGCCAAUAAAGAACAGAUAUCUACCCAGUUGGAUCUUGAACUCCAUGAAAAGCCAAAGCUUAAGCUUAACCAAGUGGAGAAGACUGAGAAGGGUAGCACUGUAAUGGAAUCGAACAAGACUCAGAGAAUUCGAAAGAGUAUUUACAGAGGAAUAAGGCAAAGGCCAUGGGGGAAAUGGGCUGCUGAGAUCAGAGACCCACACAAGGGUGUUCGUGUCUGGCUCGGUACUUAUAAUACAGCUGAAGAAGCUGCCCGAGCCUAUGAUGAGGCAGCGAAACGCAUUCGUGGAGACAAGGCAAAGCUCAAUUUUGCGCAGUCACCAGCAGCAACUCAAGCUCCACCACUGCCGCCACAAUCCAAGAAGCGGUGCCCGAUGAUGGCUCCUGCUGCUACAGUCCAAAGCUGCAGCGGUGGCGCCGUAGCAGCACCAGCGCAGCAGCCAUACAUGGGUGUUGGACAUGAAAAAGAAUUACUGAGCAGUGAUUAUGAGCUGAAAGAGCAAAUCUUGAACCUAGAAACGUUUCUGGGAUUGGAGCCAGAGAUGGCGGCUGAUCAGCUGAGUGGAAGCAGCUGUGAGACGAGUGAGUCGGUGGACCUGUGGAUGCUGGAUGACCUGGUGAGCCACCAUCAGAAUCAGCGUUGGCUUUCUUUUUAAAGUAUAUGCAUAUACAAGUUGAUGCAGUAAUGGCGGUUUGUGCUUAGAAUUGCUGCCGCGUUUUAUGUUUGAUGCUUACUGUUUUCCAUAAUGUGUUAGACUGGUUUUGCUUGA